GGAACACGUUGAAGAAGAUAACGACCACAGUCGAGUACAAUCAGCUAACAGCUAAAGCUAAUCUUGAAUGCCACAAUAAACGGAUAUUUGUUUACGAGCAAAGGGCGUACUGAACGGCAACCAUGAGCGGUUUUAGUAGACCUUACAGACACAGGACACCGUCAUUCACCAGGGCAACCCACCUUGGAGCAUCCAAGUCUGACCUGGAGAGAGAUUCAGGCUUCUCAGAUGCCAGCUCUGAGUACCUCAGUACAGUCGAUCUGACUGACUCUGAAGAUGCAGGAAGGAAUGGCUCGAUAGUCAGCCAGGACCCAACUGGUCCGCAGGUGGCUGUGAUGGGAGGCUCAUGCGCUGGACUAUCUCCAAUGAUCAUCAUGAAUAACUUUGUCUUAAAGCAGCCAUCUCCAAUGACUCCAGCAGAAAAUCAGUGGGGGUUUCCUUCACCCUUGGAAGUAAUGCCUCAGCCACAGAUGGUUCUCCUCCAACCAAUGGUGUCAAAUGGCAGCAGCAGCUCUCCAAAGACUGGCUCUGAAAAUGUCCGACAAUCAAAAAGCUACAUGCCCAUCCUCAAGUCAUAUCCCAGAAUCGCCCCACACCCAGCAGACACUCCCACGAAGAGGGUCGGAUCCUCCAAGGUGAGAGUGAGUUCAACGUCAGGCUAUGACCAGCGACAGAGGAGGCACCAUCAAGGCCACAGGCGCUACACCUCCCCGAGCCCACAACCAGCACCGCCAACUACAAUCAAACCUAUCUCCAACUUUGAAGCAUCAAACAACCAAUUGCAGGCAUUUGAGAGUCAGCAGCAACUCAGUGACAAGUCUCUCUCCUCGCUGGCGGGGACCAGCUCUCUGCUCCCCUACAUGGAUGAAUUCAGGACAGAUAUUGACAGCUACAGGAUGGAUGCCGACCAGGAUGACGCAUUCUCAGUGGAAGACAACAAACUGAAACGUUUCAGCAAUACAUACAACAUUCUGAACAAGUCUGGCUUACUGGGGAUCACCAUGCGCACAAAGCAGCUGAUCAAAGAGAAUAAGCGCACCCAAGGCCAGCUGCAGCAGCUUCGGGAGCAAACUGCUCUGCUGCUGGAGGCUCUGGGCAGCGGAGACCCGCAGCUCUGGACUAAACUGCAGAUCUCUCUACAGCACACAGACAGGAGCAAUGUGGAGCUAAAGUUCAGAGAGUCCCUGCGUAAUAUAUCCAUGGACAUGACAAGCGGUUCUCAAUAAGGGGUCACUAUAUGAUUUAUUGAAUGUGGAAACAUACAGAUCUUUACAAUCAAAGCUGUCUUAGGCCAGGAUUACAUUGGGACAUGACGCUCCAGGAGCAGCAUGUUGGGGAAGAAACAGCGUGGUGGGCCUGCCAAGUUCUCUCACACUCCAACAGCUAACUAGAUUUUUCAGCAUAGUAAACUGCAUUAUACUCACCAGUAGAGCUGAACGAUUUUAGGAAAAGAUCGAAUUGCGAUUUUUCUGACAGAUAUUGGGAUUUCAAUUCAAUUCAGGAUUUUCUUUAAAUCCAGCUUCAAUGCAAUAUUCAGAAUGUGUACAAUGUCUAAUAUGUUUCCUCUGGAUGGUGCAACUUUACCGCGACAGGUUCUGCACAGUACCUGUUUCUGGUGCCCGUCUGCAGCCUCAAACCAUGUUAACAUUAUAAAGCAUGAGGAGCAAUUUAAUACUGAUUGGUUUGGGUGACCUGUCCAUAAGUAGCUUCUGAUUGGUGAGCUUGGCAGAAUGGUAGGGAGAUGGACGUCAUGUAUGUGUAAAAUAGUUGACACAACAAAAAAACGCAGCAUUGGCGAUCACAUGAUCGUGUUGUCUGAAAUCGUGAUUUUGGUCAAAAAACAAUAAAUUGUUCAUCCCUACUCAGCAGAGAGUCUGGUAUGAUGCUGCUGAUCAAUAGGCUUACUGGUUAGUUGUUGGACUGUGAAAGAGGCUUGACUAGCUAGCGACGAGACUCGAUGUGCUCAGGGCCUUAGUGCAGAAUAGUCAUUACAGCAUCUAGCAUUAUAUCUAACAAACAAUAACUAUAAACUAAACUACAUACUUUAAGGCUUUUAUCAGGACAGGACAAAUAAUUUUAACAUUCACAAGUGCUGGUCUAAUAUGAAGCUGAAGCACACAUGAAUGCCCAGUGGGACUUAAGAAGCAUGCUUACAUUUCAAACCCUUGCCUAUAAUGAAUUUUCUUGCCUCUGCUGUUUCAAAAAUAGCAAGUAUCACUUGCAAUAGGGCUAUGGCUUAUAUGUGCAUGUAAACAUCACAUUGUGAGGGCACAUUUGGAUAAUUCCUUAUACAUACCCUGUAUGUGUAGCUGUAGAAAAAAUAUAAGCAUCAUUUUUAAGCCCGGUGCGGAUACAUGUGGCCUGUGUUUCAGUUUCCUCUACCAAGAUGUAGGAUCAACAGGACAAUGUAUUGUCCUUUGCUUUGUUUUUUAACUGGGGGGUAAAUGACAGUGAAUGAGCAGCAGAUGCCUCCUUUCUGAGGAAGUGUAUAUAAUAACAGCAUGUAUUCUCAAACAGCUGGAAAGCUCACAGGGAGAGUUCAGAGGGCUGGCAAAACCAUAACAUUUUUGUUUUUUAAAUAUAAUUUUGUUACUUAGUGUCAGUGUUAUUUAAUUUAUAAUUCUCUGACCAAGACUGAGCUAUGUGAAUAAAAACCAUUAAUAUAAUAUUAAUAAAUAAUAUAAUAUAAUAAGCCAAGCACAUUCUAACACUUUCUUUUAUAUUUCAAAAGAUCUUUAAAAACUACGUAGGCAUUUGCAGAAGCUUAAACUGUAGCAAGUGGAAGUGUUGUAGCCAUACAUUUAAUCUCAUGACUUUCCAUAUGUUGCUGCCAUGUUCAUUCCUGCUGCUUAAGCUUAGUGUUAUGUAUUAAUUGAAAUGUCAAGGCGAAGAAAUGACAACUAAAUAGUUUCAUAUUACAGACUCUUGCACUUUAGUUAUAAGAUUACUGACAACUUUUUUAGACAAAUGUUACAAUUUAUCCUAAACGAGCAGUCCAUCUGAUUGAACAAUGUGAAUAUAAGUGUUUCUCUGGAUGCCUGUGCCUUUUUGAAUAUGUUCAUGUUUGCACUUCAUAUCAAUGCUUGAGCAGCUUAGAUUUUUGAGCUUCAUGUGGAAGAAAGUUGAAUGUACUUUUAAGGUCUCCAAAGAAUUAAUAUUCUUCAUUGAAACAAGACAAAUCAUGCCGUGGCUAGGAGGUAUGUCGAAAGAAUAGCAUGAAGACAAGUCAUAAAUGGUUCAGUUUUAAAUGUUAGGUCAAGGUUAACUGUUGUAUUCUUGAUUUUAGAAACAUUACGUUACUGUUGCAAUAUUUUCUUAUCAUGUGUAGUUGUAAAACUAAGAAUAUCAAAUUAACCUUGGUUUUUAAAGGGCAAAAGGAGCAUUACAAAGUUUUUUUUGAUUGCUUUUUCCUGUUAUUGUAAAAAAAAAGUGCUUUAUGUGUUGUUUCUUUAGCAAAUGUCACUUUGACUAAUGAUGAACUGUCAUAAAACUCUGUUUAAAGACAA